AUGUCAAGAAAUCUCAAUAACAAUUCAGUUAACAAUGAUUUUGGUGAAGAACCUUCUGUGGGAAGCCCACCAAGAAAUACCAAUGAUAUAAGGACGAUAAUGUUGCAACACUCACAGGGAACAGUGAGCAAUCAAAGACCACUAGCACUAAAGAGAGCUCAGUUGAAUCUUGAAGGUGAUUCGUCGGGUAGAACUCGUAACAUCCAUGAUGUGUACGAGAAACUUGAUACCAUGAAUGGUGUCUUAAACACUGUUUUGAAGAACACAUCUUCUGAGAAAGCUGAAACCACUGCUAGUAAUGCAGUUGAGCAAGACAUGUCGCCUGGACGUCAACCAACAUUGGAUCAAUUGUUGCGCGAUUAUUUGAGUGAAGAGAAAUUGUAUGACCAAUACAAUACCAAUGAAAAUAAAAACAGUGAGGGAAACAGACUCGUUCUGAAGUCUGUUACCGAUUACCUUCGUCGUCAAGAAGAGGGGAAAAAGGUGGACUUGCCAACUCUUCGAACUAAGAUUGUGCGGCACAUUGGCAACAGAAAGUUGCAAGAAAAAAAAACAGGAGAAAAGAAGCAGGAAGAGAAUCGACGGGCCUGUCUUUCCAAUCGGGCACACUUUGUGAACAGCUUUGGAGAGAAUGUUGACAGUAUUCUCCAUGCUGAUUACAUGUCAGACCUUGAGAGUGAUGACGAAAGAGAAGAAGAGGAACAGGAUUCGUCCUCAGAAAAGAGUUUUUUUUGGAGAUUCCGCCCAAGCUGGAGAAGCGAAGAGGGAGAUAGGUUCGUUGAUGAACUUGAUGCGGAUUAUGAGGCAGCUCAUGAUAAGAAAAAUAAUACCCAUCCAUUCGAGCAUAAAUUUAAAGGAAUAAGAGAUAAGCAGCUUAGUAAGACCAAGGCAAACAAGCUGCCAUCAUGGUCAAAGAAACAAUAA